UUGAUUUCUUUGCAUUAGGAACACCGCAUGAUCACCGGUUACUACAAACACACAUGUUGUUGUUUGAUUCUCCGUACCACUUUGGAAAUGAAUUGUGUUUUAUUCUAUCGAGGUUUUACGAAUGCAAUAAUCAAAAGGCAUUAUUACCAGCAGACAAAAAAAUGGGAACCAUUGACAGCCAAAAUGAAACUCCAGAUUGAAGAUUACUGGAGAGAUAAAAUCAAUAGAAACAGUGGAUCUACAGCAUUACCGUCCCAAAACAAAUGUUACAUAUUGUCUAUGUUUCCUUAUCCAUCAGGAAAACUCCACAUGGGCCAUGUAAGAGUUUACACGAUCAGUGACUCUUUGGCAAGAUUUUACAGGAUGCAAGGGAAAGAAGUCAUCCACCCAAUGGGUUGGGAUGCUUUUGGCUUACCAGCUGAAAAUGCUGCAAUUUCUCAGAAUUUGUCUUCGGAUGAGUGGACAAAAUCCAACAUGGAGUAUAUGAAGAAACAGCUGAUAAAGUUAGGAAUCAGUUUUGACUGGCAACGAGAGGUAGCAACAUGCUCUCCUGAGUAUUACAGGUGGACUCAAUUCAUAUUCCUGAAGCUUUACGAAAAAGGCUUUCUGUAUCAAAAAGAAGCCCUAGUCAAUUGGGAUCCUGUGGAUCAAACAGUUCUGGCUGAAGAGCAAGUUGACGCUAAUGGAUGUUCAUGGCGAUCGGGUGCCAAAGUGCAAAAACUACCAUUGAAACAAUGGUUUGUUAAAACGACUAGACUCUCGGAAUCACUGACAGAUGGAUUAGAAGAAAUGACGGAAGAAGACUGGGGAGACAUUAUUAAACUGCAACGACACUGGAUCGGUGAAUGCGAUGGCUAUAACUUUGAUUUACCUGUGAAGGAAGUGAAUCACACAACGUUGACCGUCUGGACGAGAAAUCCGGAAUCGUUGAAAACGGCACAGUUUGUGGCUUUGAAAUCGGGUCAUAUUUUGGAUAAACCGGGACAUCAAAUUCCUCAAUCGAGCGUACUGAAAAUCAGCGUUGUGAAUCCACUCAACGGUCUCUUACUGCCUGUUGUGAUUUCGAAUGAUUUGGACUAUCCAGAAGGAGCUGACAGUUUACUCGGCGAUCCACUGGUGGAUCCAAAACUAGCUGCAAUUACAGCCGAAUUAAAUCUCAAAAUGCUAUCUAAUGACGACCAAAGAACUGGAGAACAGAUAUGUCAAAAAGCUCUCGCCGAAAAUUGGGGUGGUUAUAAAGCGAGUUCCAAACUUCGUGAUUGGCUGGUGUCUCGGCAACGGUACUGGGGUACUCCUAUACCAAUGAUUCACUGUGAUAAAUGCGGCACUCAACCUGUUCCAACCGAUCAACUACCCGUGUUGUUACCACCUUCCAAUGAAAGGUUUAAAGGACAUGCUGCUCUAACUCAAAACGAAGAAUUCCUAAACGUUUGUUGCCCAAAAUGUGGAGGAGAAGCUAAGCGGGAAACGGACACGAUGGAUACGUUUGUUGAUUCGACCUGGUAUUUUCUACGUUAUUUGGACCCUAAAAAUUUGGAAGUACCUUUUGAUCCAGAGUGUGCAAGAGCAGCCAUGCCUGUUGACAUUUAUAUAGGAGGCAAAGAGCACGCCGUGUUGCAUCUUUACUUUGCGCGAUUCAUAUCACACUUUCUUCAUCUCAUUGGAUGGUUACCGGAACGCGAACCUUUUAAACGAUUACUCGUGCAGGGUAUGGUGAUGGGACGGAGCUACAGAGUCAAAGGAACGGGAAGAUACUUGAAGCCGGAAGAAAUCGAUUUUAGUGGGGAGAAGCCCGUUGAAAUGUCGACGAAAAGUCCGUUGGUCGUUAGUUGGGAGAAAAUGAGCAAAUCGAAAUUUAACGGAGUUGAGCCUGAAUCUGUUUGGAACGAGCAUGGGAUUGAUACCACCCGUCUUCUCAUCUUAGCUGACGUCAGUCCACGAACAUCGAGACAUUGGUCCAAAGAUACCUUCCCCGGAAUCUUGAGAUGGCAGGAUCGCAUGUGGGCAACUAUGAAAGUAUGGAUUGAUCAUCAGCGUCAAGAAGGAAACCCAUCAACACCUGCGAAAGAGACUUUAGAUAAACAAGAGACCAUCUGGUUCGAUGCUCGCAAUUUUUAUUUAAAGGGUGUGACAUUUGGUAUCCAUCACAGUCAACACAUUUCGGUCGCCAUUUCCAAAAUGCAAGGAUUGACUACCGCUCUGAAGAAAGUUCCUAAAGGAUUCAACCUGAAAUAUAGUCGACAAUUUGAGAGAGCACUUGGAGUGCAAAUCGUAAUGUUGGCCCCCUUGGCACCUCACUUUGCUUCAGAAAUGUGGAGCGCUUUCGUUGACAAUGCCGCCAAACUCUCUGAUGACUUUGAUUGGGAUAAACCGGUUCUAGAACAAAAUUGGCCACAAGUAGAUAAGGACUACAAUCUUGAGCUAAACUGUGUCGUCAACAACCAACCAGCUUGCACCAUAAAAAUUCCUCGUUGCGAACUUGACAAGUUUAAUGUGUCGAUGGCACUAGAACUUCUCAAGCAAGACGAAUUAUACAUCAAGUACAAUGGAACCCAACAAAUCUUAAAAACCAAAUUUGAUCAUUACCCAGGGCUUGAUGCCACUUUACAUGUAAUUACUGAACCAAGAAAGAAAAAACAUAUAGAAACUGAAGUUGUAGCAAACAAAUAGUAUUGAACAUCUGAAAGUUAAAGCAUAAAUAAAAGUGAAUGUUUGCAUUA